AUGGAGAGUUUCUCGUUUAAAAUUUUUAAAUUGUUUUGUUAUUCACUUGUCUUUGUCUUUGGCGUCGUGGGAAAUGUUCUGGUGUUUCGAAUGGUCGUGAAAAGAAGAAAACUGCGAACUGUUAGUAACAUUUUCAUUUGCAAUCUUGCCGCAGCCGACAUCGCCGUCCUCACUGUGAAUCUUCCGUUUCGCUUGGCAUAUCAAGAAAAUUCUUACAUUUGGCCUUUUGGUGCUGUGUUAUGUAAGACAAUACCAACGCUAGCUUACGUUUUUAUCACCGCUUCAUCAAUGACACUGGUUAUAAUGACUCUAGACCAAUAUCGAGCCAUUACCAAGCCUUUGGGUAGAAGAUUUACCGUGAAAACCACCAAAUUUGCCAUUGUGUUAAGCUGGACUUUUUCUGUACUCAUUGCUCUUCCGUUCAAUUUCGCGCUAAGGGUAGUGAAACGUCGGGACGGUCAGCCAGUUUGUACAGACGCAUGGCCCAGCGACAAUUUUGAACGAUUCUACUUUUUGUGCCUAUUUGUGGUGCAGUUUAUUAUACCCAUGGCAAUAAUAGUGUGCUGCUAUACUCUCAUAUGCGGCCAUCUUAACUCGAAAACGAGACUGGACCAUCUUCCGCGCACGUUAAAUAAGAAACGCUCAGAUCGAAAUAAAAAGGUGAUCAAAAUGUUGGUCGUAGUAGCAGCUGUCUAUGCUCUUUUCACCUUGCCGUAUCACGUGACGUGGCUGUUCAGCGUGUUUGGUUAUCCAAACUCCGUUGCUAAGAAACUGUGCGUUCUCUUUGUAAUAGCGACCAGUGCCGCUCAUCCAAUAAUUUACGGUACGCUGAACCAAGAAUUCAACAAAGGAUUCAAAGCGUUUUUCAGAUGUUUGAGGCAAAAAGAGGAUGACGAGUAUCAGAUGGAUAAUAGAAUAGCGACCAGGAGAUUAAAUGAAAAAUGCUCUCACACUUAUCAAGUUAGAGGGCGGGAUAUUCGCCAAGGAAAACAAAGAGAGAAUCAUGAAGAAGUUGAGGCACAACUUAUAACUUGCGUAUGAAGGUUAUGGAAAACAGUGGGAAGAAACGGUCAAAUG